GCCUUUUCUGUCUCCUCAAAACUCGAACUCGCAAAUUUGUUCCAUCUCCUUUCUCGUUCUAACCUCUGAUAUUCCCUCGUCCUUUUUAAACCUCGAACAAAACCACCAUCAUCAAGUAGUUUCACCACCUCUGCCAACCACCACUCCUUCUCCGCCGCCUCUGUCAAUCACUACUCAUUCUCCGCCGCCUCUGUCAACCGCCUCUCCUUCUCCGCCGCUGCUAUUCUCGGUGUUCACCAAUACCACAAAUCUUCAUUAUUAUAGUACAAUGUCCAAAGCAGAAGAUAAUGAUGAAAGGGAGUCUAUUGAUUUCUCUUGGGGUACAAAGAGAGGUCGAGGUGGCCAAAACAAGGGGGUGCAGUUCUAUGAAUCUUUCACCUAUGAUGGUGUGGAAUACUUUCUUUAUGAUUCUGUAUAUCUCUCCAAGGAAGGUGAAGCCAAACCAUAUGUUGGUAAACUCAUCAAAAUUUGGGAACAGCCAAAUAAUGCAAGAAAGGUGAAAAUACUUUGGUUUUUCUACCCUAGGGAAAUAUCGAAUUAUCUGAAAGGUGAGAAUGUGCUAGAGAAUGAGCUAUUUCUGGCGAAAGGUGAUGGCAAAGGCUUGGCGAAUGUUAAUCCCUUGGAAUCAAUUGGUGGUAAAUGCAAUGUUGUUUGCAUUUCAAAGGAUGAGAGAAAUAGGCAACCUUCCGUGGAAGAGCUUAAGAUGGCGCACUACGUAUUUUACCGCACAUUUGAUGUCCAACAUCAUACCGUUACGGAUGUGCUGGGUGAAAAAAUUGCCAUGACUGAGGUUAAUUUGUUAUUGAACAAAAGUGAUUUUCUGUCACUCGAUCUCCCUAUGGUAGAUAGUGCCAAUGCUGUUGCGGGCUUGGAGAACCCACUGAUUUCUCAUACAUAUACUCUUGUGGAAGACGGUACUAUGGAGUGUGAUGCCACUGGAGGUGAACUAUUGGAGAAAGUUAACAAAGGGGAUACAAUUUUAUUGGAUAAGUCAAAAUACCAUCCUGGAGGACAUAUUGAUGCUGCUGGACUUGAUAAUACUGGUUUAGUGGUGGGGAGGGAGAGAAAGUUGGUGAAUAAGGAUCCUGGUGGAGUAGACAAGGAUGUAGUUUAUGAUGAUAGUUUAGGUUCUUUACUUUCAAAUGACGAUAAAGGGUCAAAAGGAAAAAGCGAUGCUGCUGUACCUGAUGAUCUCGGUCUAGCUUCUGUACCUGCUACUGAAGUUGCCUUGGCUUCUGGUAGCAAAAGAAGAUUAAGAUCACCAGAAUCCAAGGAAAAUGAUUUGGACGAGAAAUAUGUGGUUCUACCUGUUACUGAUGCUGAGAAGAAAAUAUCAGAUCAUGUGAAGGAAAAUCACAGGGCUGUUGGUGCUGUUGCAAAAGUGAAGUCUGAUGACUCUAAUGACAAGCCAUUUAAGAAAGUGAAGAUUAAUGGCAGUGCUCUGGUAUCAAGUGACAAUGGUGGGACUAGCACUCCCAAAUCUGCCGCCGUCGCGAGCAAUAAGGGUUCUCAAUCUGUUGUUGUUGGUACUGAUUCUAACAUUGGAGGCAGGCUUACCAAAGAAUUUGAUGGCAUAAGCAAUGGCCAUCCAAAAAAACUCAAGCCAGUGGAAAAAUCUGAUGACAGGCUGCGUGAAAUGUCAGUCAAACAACCCAAAGAUAAGCAGGAGUCUGCUGCCACAGACAUUGCAGCUAAUAAGGCUUCACAACCAGGUAAUGAUGAUGUUGAAACUGAUGAUAAAGGCAACUUGAGUAGGAAAGUAGCAAGUACAAGCAAUGGCCUUCCAAAAAAGCGCAAGUCUAGUAGCACAAUAGACGAUAAAUCCAAUGAUAAGUUGCGUAAAACAUUUGUUAAGGAGCCCAAAGACAAGGAAAUUGAAGCUUAUGGUUGUGUUAAGGAAGUCACCGAACGACCACCUGACAGGAGUAAAUGGUUCACGGCAAGUCCUUGGGAAGGAAGAAUGAAAGAUGCCCAUGACCAAGGAAGGCUUGUUCUACUACAUAAUUUGGAUCCAACAUACACCUCCACAGAAGUUGAGAAUAUAGUUUGGCAUGGCUUUGGAGAAAGUUGCACUGGAAAGGUGGUUCAGCGUACUGCGACAUCUAGCCGAUGUUCUGGACAAGCAUAUGUUAUCUUCAAAACGCGGGAAGUGGCAGAAAAAGUCCUCAAGAAGUUGGACAAUGAGUGCUUUAUGCUCCCAAAUGGAAGGCCCCUUGUAGGCAGCAGAGAUGUUGUAUGCUUUCCUGGGAAGCAAUCUCAGUUCCCUGGUCAUUUGGUCAUACCAAAACCUCAAAUGCAGCGGGAAUCGAGAGAAGCAGUGUCUACAUCACAUUCUGCUCAGUCAAACACCCUUGAAUAUGAAAUGGCACUUGAGUGGCGUUUACUACAGGAAAGAUCGGAAUUGGCGUGGAAGAUGUUGUAUAAGCAACAAGGAGAACAGAUUAAAAAAUUGAAGGCGACCAUGAAAUCAGAAUGAGAUAGACUUAGGAUGACCAACAGAGACUAUAGCUCUGAUUUUCAAUUAGGAUUUUGAAUGUAAAACAUUUCUGCAUGGAGCAGAUUUGGUCUUCUGUAGGGAUGCAUUGCUGUUGAAUUUUUGGGUGUUUUCGGCUCAGCAGCUUCUAGAAACUUCUGUGAUGGAUGUUAGUGGCUAUGUUACUCGGAUUCGGGUACCCAUGUCGGACUCGGGUCAUACCCGUAUCUGGCUCGGCUAUUUUGUGAACAUAUUUCAUGAUUUUGGUUCAAGGUGAAGUGUUCAGGGUCCGUACCCAUGUCCGGGUAUUGAGGAUCCGACGCGGGUACUUCAGGUGAAACGAAGAGUCCAAUUAACAUAGGUUAGUAGUAUAUGUGCUGUGUGCACAUUUAUCACCUCAGUCCCUAAAAUGUACAUAAAUGUAAAUGAAUUUCAUACUCCUUUUUUACUUUGGUGACUGAAUCAUCUGUAUCUAAUUACAACGUUACUUUUAGCGUUAUCACCCGUUUCUCUUCAA